AUGCAAGAGAUGAAACUUGGCUUCCUGUUCAAGCUAGCACCCCCUGAAUUGGGAGAACGAUUGUCCAAAGCUAGGAGAGUUGCAAACAAGCCAAACGCGCAGGAGGCGGGUCUUUGUCAGCAAAUGGAGAGCUCUGAAUGGUGGAUGUGCCGAGGAGAGCGAGUCCGGCCGAUACAGCCCGCCUCAGGCUACACGACAACCGUCAGUAGCCCCGAGAUCAUCUGCGUCUUCCCUAAGCAUCCACAAUCCACCAAGGUCAAUACUCGACAGACCUUGCAUGGAGCUUGUCCAAUGAGCUCAACACUGCUCAACCUCCCCACAAAAGCCUGCCACAACUGUCGUAGACGUCGCUGGAAAUGCGACCGCUCUUCACCGGUCUGCCACAAAUGUCUUUCAUCUGGUACCGAAUGCCUGGGUUACGGGAAGCUCUUUGUGUGGAAUCGCGGGGUUGCGAGUCGCGGGAAGAUGAUGGGAAAGUCAUAUGAGGAACGAGCCCUGAAAGAGGAAGCCAAGCCUCACGAUGCGCCUGCCAUCACAUGGGAGUCUGAUCUUGUUGUUGCACACACACAACAAAGUUCGUCGGAGCCCGCGGCCGGUGCGGCAGCCGAAGAUGUACAGCAUGGAUCCGCUCACGGACCGGGAGCCGAGGACGGGACCGAGAUGGUCCUUCACCGACCCUUAGUUGACCCACUGGUUAACGAUCUAGACCGCCACUCGCGCUACUACCUCUACCAUUUCGCGACGCAAUUGUGUGAAGACAUGGUAGUCUACGACAUGCCGGGACAGAACCCUAUUCGCGAUCUCAUACCCGCGACCUCUGCGUAUCCAUUACUGCUGCAGAUCAUCGUUGCCAAUUCAGCCUUUCAUGUCUUCAACAUAUCGCGCAACCCAAUGGGCCAGUCAGCCUAUCAAGCGCAGCAAAGCUCGUGUCUUGUCGCAUAUUACCAAGCAGUGAGCCGGUUCGGCGGGCCACUGCAGUCUUCGUAUCGAGAUGCGUUGACUGCAAAGACUAACGCACUCUCCCUGCUAGCAAAAGACGUUGCUUCUGUCAAUCCCUCGAACAUUGAUCUGGUCUUGGUAACCAUCUUACUCUUCGUCAAUUACACUCUCGUGGAGUCUGGCAAAGACAAAUGGAAGGUCCACGUCGAUGGCGCAUUGUCUUUGAUCAAGUUGCUGGGAGAGCCGUCAUACAUACAGCGACCGAUGAGUAGACUGCGGCUGACCAUUCUUUCCGACCUCUUGGUAUUCUAUGUCUUGGGAUCUACACUGUCUUUCUCCACGAUGUCGAAAUUUGUACCAGACACUAUUGAUCUGGAUCCAAUCUUACGUUACGCAGAGACUAACAACUACCUGUCGAUGCCAUCACCUCUCCUUCGCAUCAUGCUCGAAUCCUUUGAGCUACCCGACUCUCGCGACGGAUCUUCAGGAAACCUCAGAGACAACAUCCAGAAGCAGGUAGGUGUACUCUUGCAACGAGCGCUCAGUUUCGAUCCCAUCGCAUGGUCAUGCGACUUUGAGCCUGCUUCACCUUUCGAGGAUCUCAAACAACGCGUACGCAUUGCUUCUGCGCACCGCUCUGCUGUUUGUAUCUACCUUGCUCGCGUACUACCUUGUACGCAUCCCCUCCUAGACCCUUCCAGCGAUACGGCAAUCGUCAACUUGAUAGCUCUCGCCAACGACGUCGUUCACCAUAUCUCACAUCUCAAACCCGGUGACGCAGUCUUCAAGUGCAUAUGUUGGCCUUUGUUCUUGGCUGGCGCUGAGUCUGAGGACCCCGGGCAACGCGAGUGGAUCAUGAACACGUUGGAUACGCUGUACAGUGAGAUGUAUUGGGGCUACCUACACACAGUCAAAAGAGUCCUAGAGACCAUCUGGUUAUGUAAGGAUCGAGCAGGUUCGGGUGCAGACAACUGUUGGGUCGAUGAAGUGAAGGAACUUGGUGGUGAUGUUCUCAUUGCGUGA